GUCGGACCGAAUUCGGCAUCCGAGUUCUUGACCUCUUGAUGUCGAUCAAAUCAAUAAUUGAUCACCUGCAUGGAUGUUCUAUGCUACUAGAAGUUUUGAAAUAAGAAGCAGUUCUUGAACACCACAAUUGGAUUUGAAACUAUUUGCCACCCUAAAAGUAAAAUCAUUUUGAAAAAAAAAUAUGUUUCCGUGAAGUGCUUUGGUAUUUUGCCUCCUCUCUUCGUUUUUGAUUUUGAAUCGACCUACCACCACGACGACCCCGGGAUCAAAAAUGUGUAGUGUUGUGUCGCACUCGAACUUCUACCCGCUGGUGGCUGAGCAUCUAGACGAGCCGCAGGAGCACUUCGUGACCCACGACCUGUCCGGCGGUUGUUCCAUCGGAGCUGCGGGCCCUGAUUGCUGCGAGGUCACGAUGCAGUGAUUUUUGCUCACGCGAAACAAACGGAUGUGGAGGACGAGUAGCUCGGCAAGCCGCGCCUUUUUGAUGUGGAUGAGACCAUUCCCACACCAAGAACUCAGAGCCGCAUAAAGACCGAACUGACUACGAACACGCAUCAACAUACGACGACCUGCGGGAAUAUCCAACCGUUUUCUUGACCACACUUUCCUUCCCAAGGACGAAAAACCAGCCGCCGAAUUUCAUCUUUUUUCGCACGAAGAACGAAACAUUAAGCUACUAGCAACUCCGCGGGCAAACGGCGCGUACAACAUCAACAAAUAGCUUCCCUCGUGGUCUUCUUGACUUUUGUAGUUGUUGAGCCCCUACUUAGCCGACGUGCGCUCUUUGCAGGACCUUUUUACAAGGUUUUGCGAAGAGUGUCGCCGACAACAUUGAAGCUUUCUAGGAUAGAUGCAGACGUUGCUCGAGGGAGGUCGACGUGGGGACGAGCAAGUUGUGGAAGACGAGAUUCUUCCUAGCAAGAAAAAGGAUACAGUGCUUACGGGUACCAACAUCGUCACCACAUCAACUACUACAAUCGACGACGGAACAUCAAGACACCUGGUGGAAAUAUCAAGAGCAGACCAAACCGAAACCUCGGAAAGCAGCAGCACCAGCACAACUACUGCACCGGUUGUAUUACCAUUGCCGGUCGCGCAGCCGAAGCAAACCAGCUGCAUAAAAUCUGUCGGCCCAUCAAUCUCUACAACGAGCCCCUCCCCAAAAGCGGCGCAACAAAUCAUCCCGAUUCUCGGCACAAAUGACAGUCUUCUGGUCACCGACACGACGCAUCUUCGGAGAAAUAAGGUGCCUGCUGUAGGUGGAGUUCCGGGGGUCGUGAAGGUUCUUCCUCCUGUUGUUGGAACAGCUACAGAAGGAGUUACGGCGUGCACUUCGAUUCCGAGCGCGAGUACGACCAGUCCAGGUGGUGGUGCUAAUACCGCUGCUGCGGCGAAGAGUCCGUUGACCGGAGCUGGUGAGGCCGCCCCGGCGGCUGUAGCACUAGGAGGCUGCAGCUACACAGCAGCUGCGAGCGACAGUGCUAGUGUUAUUAAAAGCGCCUCCAAAACCGCUCAAGUUAUUUCGCCCGGCACAAACACCUCUGCGACACGAAAGAUCAUUCCGGUGCCGCCGAAAGCCUCUUGCGGCAUUGUCGUUGGGAACAAUUUAUCUCGUGCAAAAUUACUUGAUUGUGUCUAUUGCGCUCGUAUUGAUUGUAAGCAUUUGCAUGCUAACCACACGGACCCCACACAACUACUUCCUAACGUGAGUCAGCUGCAGUACUUCCUGAAAAAAUACAUGUGAGAGUUUCGAGUUCGAGUAGCAUCAAGUAAACGAUAAAAAUUUUGCAAUGCAUAAAACCCCUUUACCGCGAGCGUGACGGCGACGAGCGGCGGCGUACCGAAAAGCUUGCUAAAGACUGCGGCAGCUUCAAGCGGGGGUGAUCAUAUUAAAGGCGCAAGUAGCAAUUCUAACUGUUCCACUACGGCAACUACCUCGUACAAGAACACGACAGCUGGCCCAGGACCAAACAAUCCGCACAGCACUCCGUCUCUCGUUUCCGAGGCCCCGACGUCCAACACCGUGUCGCCGAAUUUAACCCCCCUGCCCGCCUCUCUUUCCGAUCUUAACAACUGCUGCGGGGGCUCGGGCGCGAGCGGCACGGAGGGUGACCUGGAAAUCAGCGAAUUCGAAUUACUCGGCCGCCAUAUCGCGAGGAAAAAUCCCCCCUCCCCUUACUGAAAAGGUAUCUUUUUGGAAAUUUGCGAUGCUGAUUUGUGGUCACAAAUCGUGUCUGUCUUGCAAGAAGGCAAUCCGAGAAGGCCCCCCGCAUUAUGCCAGAGCGGUUUGUGAUGCUGUUAGGCCUACAGCGUGGACUUUUGUCAUGCUGUGUGCCUAUGUCAAAACCUCUCCACUCAGGCUUGAUAUGGGCCUGCAGUCCUCUACCGCAAGACGCGGCUGAUUUGUGUACGCAAGUCCAGCAUCAGAAAGGUCGUUCUGAUAUGGGGAGGGGGUUCUUUUCCUCGUGAUACGCCAGGUAUCCUCAUCAUCCGAGGAUUUGAUACUGCCUGAACUCGAGGACGAGGAAUUGGACGGGAUCAGUCUGGGCACCGGACAGGAGCAGCACGAGGAGCCAGAACGAGGAGGACCUGGUGGUCAUCUUCAAGUAGAACAGUUUCAUCUCCCUAUCGGAGAUAACGCUGGGUGUACGAGUACAAUUACCCCGGAGGUUUCAUCUCAGGCAGUACAACCAAAUCUGAAAGUAAAGCCUUCUUCGCCUCCGCUCGUCGCGGCGCACCGGAUAUUGUAAGGAAAAAUCCCCCCUCCCCAUAGAUAUCGAAAAGAAACAGAAAGUUUGUGAUGCUGAUUGUCAACCACAAAUCGUAAUCGACUUGUAUUGCUAGAAGGCCAAGAGACGUAGCUGUUCCCUCUUUUGCAGACAAUUUGUGAUGCUGUUUCCCGUUUCCAGUUGCUUCCUGUCAUGUUGAAGACGCAACAAGGCUUUUCCAAUUCCACGCCAGCCAGUACUACGGUCCGCAUCUCUUUCCUUCUAGUAUGACCCUGCGAUUUGUAAUCACAAAUCAUGCUACACAGAUCCGCUUUUGAGUUUGGGGAGGGGGCGGGAUUUUUCCUCACAAUACCGGACGGUAAUUAUCCAGAAGGAAAAAGUCAUCCUCGACGGCACCCCGGCAGCGCGGUCGGACGGCACUACCCAGGGAGGACGCGCCGCGGGCUGGCAAUGUCUGCGGUGCCGGAACUUUAACUCCACCACGGUCGGUAGCUGUCUCAAGUGCGAGCUGGCGCGGGAGCGAUCGCAGUGGCAGUGCAAAAGCUGUAGCACCUGGGUGGCCAACGAAUAUGGCGAUGGGACCAUUGGAUGUUCAGUUUAUUAUAGGGCGGCUACUAGUGUUUGUGAUGAGAAUGAGAUACAGAUAUAUGUACGUGCCAUGUUGUACUUUCACCUCCGGAAUGAAAAUAAAACACGUCUUGUACGAGUUCUCGCGCACCUAGCUCUUGCAACAAUUACCAACCGUAGUAGCUCUGGACAUCAAUUUUCCGCGUGCAUAGCCCCGACCCCCGGUGCCCAUUGUGCUCUAUGUGGGACGGUUCGCGCGAACCAGAUGCAAAGCGGAUCUGCGUCGGCCCCGGAGCGCAUCGGGUAGGGUUUCUUGUUUUAUUUGGGAGCAAUUUCGUAUCGAAACUUUCCGUGAGAAGUGCGAUCGAUAUCGCUUUGAAAAUAAAUGCGAAGCAAUGUGUAGGAUGUUGUGCAUUUUUUUAAACAUUUUCAUCUUGAUGUUUAUUUUGCUUUUUUCUCAUUCCGCUUCCGCAGAACCCGCCUCCUUCGGCGUCGCACCUGGUACCACACCCCCCGCCCCACUCGAGCAGCGGGCCCGCAGCUCUCGGGCACCACCAGAGCAAUCCACACCUAACGAGCGCCAAUGCGACGCAGCUCGGCUCCGGGCUCGGUCAACCGCACGGGGUCAACCAAUGUUCUUCGGUCAACAGCACGCUGCUGGCCGGUGGCGGCAAAGGCGGCGGGAAGCUUCGCAAGCCGCCGCAAUCGUGGCACUGUAUGCAAGAAAAAAACUGUGUAAGUGUAACUCUGAUUCUGUAAUGCAGAACAUGCAAGAGAGUUACGCCUGUCAUGCCAGACAACCAUGAAGUCCUCUUUCUUUGUGUGUUUUCCCUUACAAACCACGCAUGACAGGUUUUCUCUGUCAUGUCCGCAAAUUUGUGAUGCUGUCAGCCAAAGAAGGUAUACACUAACACAGUUCUUUUCUUGGAUACACUGCGUGGAGUGCUACUACGACAACUGGGAGCAGCGGACGACCUGCAAUAAGUGCUUGAAACCGCGAAAGGAGUGCGAGGGCCCAGACCUGGGCGUGAAACGGAAGUUGCCGGACCCCAGCAAGGCGUUGCUGCAGAUUUCCGCCGAGUUCGCCGCCGGGCUGUCGCCCGGCCCGCAGGACGGCCUGCAAAGCGGGACCAGCUCGGGAGCGAACCGCACGCCGCCGCACCAAACGUCGACCAGUGCUGGGGCAGGUGGUGGUGAAAGCAGCGGCGGGCCGCAGGACCAUUCCACGGGUGGUGGAGGUGGGCAAAUGAACACCACCAGCACGACCAAAGGAGGACCAGGAACUACUUCUGCCCACCCAAAUAGUAAACCGCCGCUCGAGUUCCCGGAAAUUCCGGAGUUGGGGUAUGGCUUGCUCAGUUGGAACAAUGAUCUCCACUGGAACAAUAGUUUGUGAUGCAAAAUUAUAGAAGAUAAUGCGCAUCCGCAUGAACAUGGCCUGUCCAGUAAGUAGCUCUCUGGGUAGACGUGCUCAGCAUGAUAUUGAUAUUGGCGAUAAAUCUAUGACACUCCAGAGCCAGCAUUGAAAUCCGCACAUACAUUUUUACCUUAUUGCAAAACUGGACCUACUUGUACUUUGCCAUUCCGCGGCUUCCUUUACUACCUUGUUCCGGUUGAGAUCGUUCCCGUUCUUUACUAGGGCAUAUGGGGAUAAAGAGCGCGAGCAGGUGCAAGAAUGAAAUGAUCUUAUCUCGCGCUUUGCCGACUCCGCAGUUGCCGCCAGUCAACGAGCAACAUCUUCCGGGUGGUGUGCCGCACUCGAAAUCGCACCUUCAGGGAGCGAAAAUGGGAGCUGGUACUGCGAGUAGUUGUUUUCUCAUGAAGGUGAAUUGCUAUCGCUGAGGAUGGCUCGUCAAGCACAAGCAGAAGUAUUGAGUACAAUUAACGGAGGCGGGUAGUUUCCGCAUCCAUCAUGCAUGAUUAGAUAGGAAAGAAAAAAGAAAAACCCCGAUGAACAAACUGAUUAAAGAUAAAGACGCAAAAAUUAUUUCAGGCGGUUCUUUCCACGGUACCGACCACGGUAGUUCUUUGGAGCACGGAGGGCCACCGCACCCCGCACCGCCUUUUCAGGCGAGCUCCAAAGGGGCUGGUCACCACCACCACCAUCCGGCGCAUCACCACCAGAGGCCCGGCAUGAACGGAAUGGUAGACCAGCGCACGUAUGGCGCGUCCGGCAAGGGAGGGCCGCACAACCACCAUGUAGUUGGUCAACACCUUCAUCCGCAUCAUCCACAACAUAGCACGGGGAACAGCACAGGAGGGGGAGGUCCACCAGGUGUAGGAGUUCCGCCAAUCGGUGCAAAUCCAAAUGCAGCGGCAAUGAGGCAAGAUCAACACCAUCUUUCGGGCACUAGCACACAGCACCAGCACGUGGUCCCAGGCGCUGGUGGGCCUCCGCAGGGGGGAAGUAACAACCACGGUACGGUGAACAAGGGAGGUCCUGCAGGAAGUAUGCAUUGCACAAGCAUCGUACUAGUAUGAGUUGCAUUUUUACAAUCGGCUGAGCAUGACAACGAUAUAUGAAAUGUGGAACUACUUACUUAAUGCGUGACUGCAAUUAAGUGCUUUUAGUUUUACUACGAGUACGACUACGAUAUACUUUUGCAAUGCAUAGGAGGCGGCGCACCUGCGACGACACAAAGCUCCUCCGCGUCCUCUUCCUCCACACUGCAGGGCCUGGCCGGCUUGCUCGGGUCGAAGUUUCAGUUCGCUGACUUGGAGCGCGCGUACGCGAGUUCGCGGGAGCUGCGCGAGACCGCGGCUUCGCUAUCAAAUGCAAAAAUGUCUGGGUCUGGAAGGUUGGAACUUGUGAUGCUAACUGUGGACUCUAAAAAGAUCUGUAUUGCAUGACCAGCAAGGGAGGCCACGUUUCUGCUACGCGGGGAGGGCAUUUGUCAUGCGGAGUAGGCAUCAGGAUCAGGAAGCCCUCUAAAAAUCUGUGAUGCUAGGUCGUGCAAAAUAUGCAUGACAAGUCUCAGAAUCCUCCAGACCCCGACACUUUUGCAUUUGAUAAUCGCAGGGAAUCUACAACGUGGAGCAGCUGCACUCCACUCUGAUGACCAUCCUCGCACAGAAACGGGAAAAAGAGCAGCGGACCCCGCCGCUGCGGGCCAGUGCAAAUAAAACCUCCACCGCGACAGCACAAUCUUCGCAGUCGGCCGUGAAGGGUAAGCUUAUGAUGCAGUCCCUAAAAAGAGAUGAAAAGAAAAAAAUUAUCUCGGAAGAAGAUGUGUGGUAUUACGAUAGGCAAUUCUGAUUUGGGCCCUUCAUUGUCAUUCGCUUGAUUUGUUCGAUUUCGUUCACAUUUUUAUGAGUGGCUUUGUUGUAGUCUUCCCGCCCACGACACAACUAAGGUAACGGCCCACCGCCCAACUUUCCACCAACGGUGCAGACCUUGCGCAUGACGGACACGGGGCAGGUAAUACCGCUGCAGCAGUGGAAUAAAAAGAUGAUGGAAGACGUGGACUCGUUGAACACCCUUUUCAGCGACACGCCAGGUACAAAGUGCUGCAUGUUAAAGGGCUUGUUGCUUUUGAUCAGCAUCUUCAACAAUGUUGUUUAUAGAAAUGAAAAAUUAUCCAGGCUCAUCUAAAUAAAUCUUUUGCUCAUCUCAGUUCGUCUCCGUUUCUAUUGGAGGGUUGUACUAGCCAAAAAAGAUCCGCGCAUAGUAUAGUUUCUAUGAAUCUUUUCAGGUGGUGCGAGUGCGCCGGGGGCGGCGGCGGGCGCUGCAGCCACAGCAGCUACAUCGAAGACUGGCGAGGAAGUAGAAAAAGUGAUGUACGAGGCUAUUCUGGCCAAGCUGAAAGAGCAGAAGCAGGUAGAAGUUCUUUGUGUGAUUCUUGUAAAGGACAAAAAAUUCAAAUUCCGUUAUUCUGAAUUGAACAUCUGCGAAUAUGUCGUCCCACAACUGCAAGAACCGGAUUUGCUGCUUCUAAACUACUACUCAAAUCUUCGUCUUCCUAUCAGGAUGAAGACGAUUAUGACUUCGAUUCUUUUGACCCGGACCCGUUUAUCAAGUGCAAAAAUGUCUAGGUCUGGAAGAGUGCCAGGUUCUUUGUCAUGCAUGUUUUGCAUGGCGAUGUGAAAGUGCCUUUAAUGCAUGACCCAGCAUCACAGAUUUUGCGAGGGCUUUCUGAUGCGUAUUCCGCAUGAGAAGUGCCUGUCGUCCGUGUAGCAGAAACUGGACUCCUUGUUUUGCUGCUCAUGCAAUACAGAUUUUUUUGGAAUCCGAAGACAGCAUCACAAGUUUGUCUUCUUCCAGACCCAGACAUAUUUGCAAUCCAUACCGUUCCUCAAAUCGCCGAAUCGUCCGGUCAAGCUGGAGAACCACCCGCAGUUGCAGCAGUACGGCAUCUAUACAGUGCAAAAGUAUAAAUCGUAUCAACACUCGUACAAGUUGUACAACUAGUGCAUGACAAAUUCAAAUGCCCUUUCUGUGUCUCCGCCAAACAAUAAUUGAAUCAAUACCAACCACUCGCCCGUUUUUCUUUUUCAUCAUCUACAUCAUGCUGCGUGUAGUCACACAAUUUCUACGUAAGAACGUGGUACUUUUGCGAUGCAUAGCCUCACGGGCGGGGAGCUGAGCACCUUCUUGAAGUUCUGGAGUAUGAGCUCGAAUGCGGAAUCUGAGGUAUGCUUUGUAUUUGUACCGUUCAAAAAAUACACGUACUAGUUGCGACAACGUUAACGUUCCGGUUUCUGUAAUGAUGAGGAAGAUUUGAUUUUGAACUGCAUCUAUGUAUCCCGCACUACAAGGCCUCGAACUACUUACUUGCUAUGAAAAGUAUCUUUGGUGGUCUUGUAUGUUGGUACCCGUCAAAAGUAAAUGCGAACAAAAUGUUCGUUCUUCGUCCCUUCCAGAUCUGCCCCCGUUAUCACGAGCUGGAGUGCGGCGUGUGGAUUUGUGCUAGCUGCUACGGAAGUGCACAAGAACUCGCUCUUCCCUGACACUACACACAACAGCAAUAUUAAGAUUAACGCAGUUCUUUUUGCAACACAAAUACAAGCUGACACAUGAACUGCAGCAGAAGUACUACAGUAAUCGGGCUACUACACAUGCAGAAACUGGUAAAGGGCAACAAACUAUGAACAAUUUGGUAUUAAUUAUGCAUGAGCAUGACAAACGAAGGGGACGAAGCGAAGGCGUUGUGUCGAGGCAUAGCUGCGACAAAGCCAACACGCACCAGGACCGAAUUUGUACGCAAUGCGACGAGAUCCGCGAGUCUACACAGUGGUUCUGCCGACACAGCUGCACUUGGCAAAAUAACGACGUGCUGGAGUGCACUUCCUGCAUACGAGGGUGCACAACUCCCCCUCCCCUUCAUUUGUAAUGCAAAACACCAAACUCACACCUUACCCUUAGCCCUACUCGUUUGCGCACAAACAGUACUACAAUCCGCGCGCUGAUUUCUCAUGCGGGAGCCGCUUUUCUGCUGUUGGCUGUAUUGCAGUUCAUGGUAUACGAAUGAGGGCGAGGGGGAGUUGUGCACUCGCAUACUGCAAAAAACCCCGAGCUCGGUGCGAAGCGACACCGGAAAUGGAAAUCUUCAGGAUUUUCGGGUACUGUGAGUCACGUAGAAAAUUAUUUUCACCAUCGCAUACGAUUAUAGGCGGCCCUUACAACGAGAUGGAGGGAAUGUUACAGCCAGCGAGCUCCUACUGCACCACUAACGUACUUUUCUUACCCCUGCUACGACUUCUCACGUGGUCCUGUAGUCUUUUGCAGCACCGCGAAGAGGUAAAAAUAGGAUGAAAAUGUUGAUCACAGAUACAAGCACCAAGAGACCGAUGAGGGCACGACUUACGAGGACCUGGUACAUGGGAUGGUCUGUGUAUCAGAUUGUUCCGUCAACACAUCACCCGUUCUGACUCUCGUCUCUACUCAGUUGUCAUGCAAAAUGCAAAAUGUAGCAUGCAGUAGCGUCCUUCGCUGUUUAACAUUUUUCGCAUGGCAAGUUGUUCAGGAUCCGGAGCCGGAGACAUUAACACCACAGUCCGUGCGUGGGUUACAAAUUGUUGUCAUGCAGCAGGACCUCUAUUCCAUUUUCAUCUGCCAUUCAUUGCUUGUGUUGCUGUUGUUCAUGCAAACUGCGAAUGAGGGGACGACACCAGGCGGGGCGAUUGUGCAUUGGGAUACUGUGUCGCAAAGCGGAUCCUGAAGCGCUACACAAUAAUGGAGGAGAAGGAGCGAACCGCAUCCGCAUCCGGGAACACCGAACGGGCAGCUGCGUGA